GCCGGCGCGAACGGAGCUGGAGGGAGUUAGAAGCAAGCCAGAGUUGCCAGACGAGUUUCUGCCGACGCGGGACGAGCUCACUUUCCGUCGAAACUCUCGUCUGACUUAAUCUUUAUAUUUACAGUUCAAAACGUAGUAGUGACAGAAGUGCAGUGCAAAAAUAACGUACUCGUCCGUUAAAAGAAAAAUAUGAUUUGUAUAGAAACGCUCGACUUAUCAGAAUUGUUUGCGGAAAAGCUAGCUUGAUAUUCGCAUCAAGUUGACAAUGUAAAUAAGAAGUGAAAGUUUAUGAAAAGGACAAGAGUGCGUGGUGUAUUAUAUUAGAGAGCAAAACACUUGGGGAGGUGCGUAGAAAUUAAUAAACUACGAGUGUACACGGAAUCUCCGAUGACAAUCGUGAAAUAGAGAAGCAAAGCAAGAAGUUGCUGCACCUGCCGCAGUGGUUCUCGCGGCGCCACUCACGUGUUGCAUGCGUGCCGUGGUUAUCCAUCAUGGUCGCGGACUAGAAGCAGCUCCGAUUGGUCGGUUUUGUGGUCACGUGGUAUGGUAAUUGGGCUCCGGUGGGCGGGAAGGAGCGAACGAGGUCGUGGAGGAUCGCGAAAGUGGCGGAAGGAGAGGAGAGAAUAAGCAGCUGUCCACCGGGAGUCCUGUGCUCGUUGUGGCCCCGCUCUUUCCAUUUCUUUUCUCUUUUUCUCCCUCUCCUUCUUUCUCUCUUUUCCUCCUUUCGAGAAAACGUCACCCCUUUUCGCAAGAGACGGUGAGGUGUGGACGAUGGACCACAGCGCAGUGCCGUGCAGUGUAAGCUUGUGAGAAUGAAUAUUAACUCGAAAUAGUGUGCCGAAUCGAAGAAUUGAUGCAGAGAGCAAGAUAAGAGAGAGAAGCCGAGUAGUGUGGUCAUUUAAAAUUCAUUUGGAUUAUCGUGCGUGUGUGUUUCUCAUAAGAAAGUACUUAGGAACAUGAAUUCCUUCCUUCCCUCCGCCGCCGGUGGAUACCAUCACCAUCAACAUCAACAGCAAGCUGGAAAUCAUCAUCUAGCCACCACUUCGUCGUUGGUCGAUCCAAAAUUUCCUCCCAAUGAGGAAUACAGUCAGAGUAAUUAUAUACCUUCGACCGGAGCAGAUUUCUUUUCGGGGGGCAGCGCCGGACAUCAUUUAAACCAUCCACAGUCUCAGCUGCAGUACGGCUACCAUCAGCAUCAUCAUCAAGCGGCGUCAACUCCUUACGGAGCUUCUUCCGCGGUACAAUUAAACGGAGGAUACGCAGGAUACGGCGGUUAUUACGGUCCUCAUCAUCCUCAUCACCAAGUGCAUGCGGUUCAUCACGCCAGUUUACACUCUCAUCAUCACGCAGUGGGUGCUUUAGCGAUGCCGCCGGAAGCUCAACAACCACCACUCACGUGUCCGUCGUCGAUACAAAGUCAACAGCAACAACAGCAGCAACAACAGCCGUCUGUACCGACGACUACUAUCCUAGGAUCCACGCCUUUGUCACCAUCUUUAUUGCAGAAUCAUGUGCAGCAACCGGAUGCCCUUCAGCAUCACCAGCACGAAAAUAAUGCCUGCAGUCCAGCCGGUUCGGGUCAAUUGCAUCGAGAUAAUUCACCUGAUCUUCAGACGCAACAGUCGUUGUCUCAACAGUCCCAACAUAUACAGAGCGGCCAACAACAUACGCCGCCGCAGCAACAACAGCACCAUGUGGAAGAUAGCUCAGAUGCUGAUGAUACAGAAGAGGGUCAGAUGGAAGGCUCACCAGGAAUGAUGGAAGAAGAAGAAGAUGAUGAUGAAAGCAGGGAUCGUACAAUUUAUCCGUGGAUGAAAAAAAUUCACGUUGCAGGUGUCGCGAAUGGCUCUUAUCAACCUGGAAUGGAGCCAAAACGACAAAGAACUGCCUACACGAGGCAUCAGAUACUCGAACUGGAAAAGGAGUUUCACUACAAUAGGUACCUGACGAGACGACGACGGAUCGAAAUCGCUCAUACCUUGGUCCUGUCGGAGCGGCAGAUCAAAAUCUGGUUUCAGAAUCGCCGCAUGAAAUGGAAGAAGGACCAUAAGCUACCGAACACGAAGAACGUACGCAGAAAGAAUGCGAACGGCCAAGCGCCGUCAGCAGCAGCUAAACCGGCGAAGACUUCGGCGACGCGGGCGAAGUCCGGCACGGGUAACAACAAUAACCAAAGGAAAAACAACAACUCGCCAUCCAGCGGUAUGGAGAACAGCUUGGACUCAAACAUCGGUCACGAUAUGAGCGAAGUUCAUGGGGUCAGCUCCAGUAUUCCUCAUCCUGUUGGCGUGGUUCAUCCAAGCUUUCAAGGUCAUCCUCAUUCUCUGGCUCAUCUCCAAGCACAGCUGAGUCAUCAUCACGUGGGUGGAAUGAUGGACGGUCCGACGGGAGGACCGUUGGGACACAUAAGUUCCGGAAGUAUCAGUCCUCUUGCCCCAGCUACCAGCCCUCCCGGAUUGUCGCAAGUAUCAGCUCCUGUGCCGCCAUCGGCGAUAAAAUCCGACUAUGGACUCACGGCUCUGUAACAUCCAUUCCGUGAGGUAUAUUCAAUGAUAUAAUUUUUUUAAUAUCAAUUAAUGACUGCUCUUCAUGGAUAAUUCUACUAUUUGACUAGAGAUUUAUAUUGCAAAUUAAAUAAAGUAGUUUGAGUUUUUCUCAUUGCUACGUGGACAAGGAGAGUGGUCUCAAAAUGUGUUGUGAGUUAAAAAAUCCUCACAAUUUUUAAAAGACAGUAUUAUUCUUCUUUUAUGUACGUAAAUAUGCAACGUAAAACUGCAAUCCAUUAACUACGAUAUAAAAUGCUAGAUCCAAAAUUAUUUAGCUAUUUCUUAAAUUUAUUAUAUUUUAAAAUGUUUCCUAAUUUUUGUUUCGUAAAAGCCAAAAUUUAUUAUAGAUAAACACAAAAGCUAAAAAAAAAACAUAAUUCUGUAGUAAACAAGAAUAAUAUCUGGAUGAAAUAAAGUACUAUCAGGCUAUCAGAUCAUCAAUGAUAAAUCAUUUAUUAUUAAUAAUUCGUGAUUAAAAUGCAUAAUAAAUCCGCUUAUAUGAAAAUAAUAUAAAGUUUUAUUUUUGCUAUAAUUUUUUGCUAUAUACAUGAUUGAAUUUGUAUGUUUUUAAUUUUACAUGUAUUGUUUAUUGAAAUGAAUAGUAUAAUUAUUUCAAUAAUAAUACUAAUCACAAAUUCUGCUAUCAUUAUUAGCAUUUGUUCAAUUAUAGUUGUCAUGAAAUUUUUCGUAUUAUUGCCAAUUCCAAUCAAUGAUGAAAUUUGAAUGUAAAUUCAUAUGCAUUUUAGUUUGCAGAUUGAAUAAUAACAUAUCUACAGUAGAUGAUAUAUAUAUAUCCUUAUCGCAUAAAGUUUAAUGUGCUCACAUAUUUGGGAUACGUGUUGCGUCCAGAUAUUCAUGUAUCGUAAUUAUCGAAAAUUCUAACUUUUUAUUAUUUUAUUAGUUUAAUUUAAUAUUAUAUUUAAUUUAAUAUUAUAUUACAUUAUGUAAUCUUCAUGAUUUCUUGCAUUUAGAAUUUUCACAUGUCAACAUGCAGCUGUCAAACUCUUGACGCAUGAAUAUCUAAGCAAUGUCCAAACAUGUCCAACUUCAUGUGAUAACACACAUAUAUGACUUCUACUGUACAAUAUGAUAAAAAAAAUUGUGCAUAUAUUACGUAAUGUAUAUGACAUAAACAUCUGACAGAUUAGAAUUCUACAUCUGGCAAAUAAAAGUACAUAUGUGUACAAAUAAAACUAUAAAAUCAAAUAUAAGCGGGAUCCCUUAAAUUAUAAUGUAGUUUUUGCAUUGCAAUUAACGAAUUAUACUAUAGUAAAAGAAGUUGUAUGAACGUCGUUCUAAUACUUUCUUUAUGCCUUCGAGCAGCUGAAUAUACCUUAUCAAAAAAACUUAUAGUUUGAGGUACAGUCAUUCUGAUUAAUUGCGUAAUGCCAAUAUCCAAAAAGAAAUUGAUACUUGGUGAAAUGUGAAUUGUAUAUAUCCAAUUUUAUGUAUGUAUAUAUUAGUGUAAAGAGAGUUUUAUUACAACACGAUUGAAAUAGUGUUCAUAUUUCGUAUAUUACCGCAUUAUGUGUUGGUACUAACGUUUACAUUAUAGAUGAAAAUUGGAUCUUAAAGUAAAAAUUUUAAUCAUUGUAAUAUGAUUGCCGACUGUUUAUUAAAAAUAACAGAAAGCAGCAAAUUAUCAGUCAUAAUAUCACAAAUAUAAUUUGCAUGUAUGUUAUGUCAUACUCAUCUCGAGAAACAAUUACUUAUAUUUGGCGUAGUUUAGUUGUCGAAAACAAAAAAUAUUUCAAAAGAUCUCUUUAAUCACUUAAAAAAGACACUUAAAAAUUAAAGGUUAAUUAAAAUUAUUCUACUUCAACACAUCUUUCCGUAACGGGAUAUUGUAAAUAAUUCGAAAUGAAUAGUAUAUAUUUUUACCGAAAGCGAACGAGGAAUGACCAAUAAUAAUUAGGACGCGAUUGCACCGUGAAUAAAUCGGAAAUUGUACUAUUAAGUGAGUAGUAAUCAAACAAUUAAUGCACAGAACAGCUGUGACGAUAUACCAAAACAAUAUUAUUAGAUAUAAGAAACAGAGUUAUGAACGUUAAGGUACAUUAAUUCUAAAGAAUCGAAUUAGUGUAACUAGUGAAAGAACAUAAAAAUAAGUGUAUGAGUUUCGAGAUUGUUCUAUAAGUGUGACAUUAUACCCUCUUUGCUAUAACUAUUAAUUGUAUAUAGCAUGUACGAUAAGAACGUCAUUGGGCACACUUCAAUGCUUAUGUUUAUAUAUUGAUCGCAAGGAUCGAUAAACUAUACAACUGUCAAGUAAAUAAAUGAAUAAAUAAAUGUUUCGUAAUUUACAAUAA